AUGUAGAGAUUAUAAAAGAUCUCAGUUGAAGUCAGCGAUCCAAAGGUCUAAUCGGGGCUUAACAAGUACACAACUUAUUCAGUUCGAGGAAUGGAUAAGAACGGAUAAUUUGAUGUAAUACGUAGGUUUAGUGAUUUCCGACUUAUUCGCCAAUUCCUUAUAACAAAAUGGCCUGGCUGUUACAUUCCCCCACUUCCACCGAGAAAGGCAAUUGGAAAUAUGGACUAGAAGUUCAUAGAUGAUAGAAUGCAUUCAUUAUAAGAUUGGAUGAAGAUUAUGGCUCAGACCAAAUACUUCUGGUAUUCUGAGGAGUUCCAGUUAUUCAUCAAGGCCAAUGGGGAUAUCGAGAAAGCUUUGACAUAAGUACCGAAAUUGACUUACGAUGAAAUAAUAAACAAAUACCAGGAAACCUUCACAGAUCUUUCAGGAAGGGAAAUCAAUAGAGAAUUAAUUCAAAAGAUAACAGAUUUUCACAUGUUUCUUAAAAGAGUAAAUCCAAUGGUUGAAAAUUUUAAAUAAAUUGCUAAAAACAUAGCUGAGGCAAGACAGAAUUUUCAAGAAUAAAUGUCCACUUUCGUUUAAACUCACUUGGCUGUUUAUGAAUAGCAAGUCUUAUUGGAGUUUAGCGAGAGUUAGGAUAAAUUGGUAAUACAGAACAUCAAGAAUGACGAGUACCCAGCGUAAUUAUUAAAUAAUUACAUUAAUUUAUUGCAAUAGAAUGAGUUCUAAUCAUUAUACUAAGAAAUUAAGAAGGAAUCUAAAUAAGUGAGGGCAUUUUUAGAGACCAUGAUAUAAAGGGAGAAAUAUGAAUAGUAGAAGGUGUUUUAUGAAUAGAAGUAGAAGGAACUUCAAAUUUAAUUGUAAGAAGUGCUAGCAGGAAAGUCUUCGAUCAAGAAUUUGUUUAGUACCACAAAGAAGGAAGAUUAAAUAGCUAAGUUGUAGGUUCAGAUCGAUUAGGUAUGUAAGGACAUUGAAAACAUGCAAUUUAUUUGCGAUAUACUCACUGUAUUAUUGGGAUAUAUAGAGAUUGACAAAUUCAAGUUGGAGAAGCAGUAGAAUUAUUAUAGAUUGGCUAAGAGUUUAAUCCAAUAUGAAAUUCAAUUGAACCAGGCAACCGAAGAGUUUUGGGAGAGAGUCUAAUAAAAUUAUAAUUUAUUGUGA